AUAAUAAUAAUAAUAAAAAGUUAAUGGCCUGUCCAUUUGCCUCUUCUCCAACAAUUUAAAAUUGAUCCAACUUACCUUCUGCAGAGUGGGUUUAUUCAGGGUCUUCAAGCAAACCGAUUGCAGAAUUUACAAUGUGUAUUUAUAUGAAAAUCGCUCCAUCUCCAUAUCUUCUACUGCGAAAUUUUCAAGCGGUAAAUCUCGACCAAAGUAUGGAAACACUAAUUAGAGUAGCAUGACCUUGUACAUUAAACAUGAGCUCAAGGAGACUAUUAACCACCACAGGUUACCAUCCGUUUCCGCCUAUGAUAAAACACCAUCUAUCAUGGGCUGAAAACACUCCCAUUAAAUCAAAAACACCCUACAUACCAAAAGCUCCUUCCUUUUUGGCCACUGACCUUAUCAAAUCCUACUUUGAGAAGGGGUUAGUUAGAGAAGCACGUAACUUGUUCGAUGAAAUGUCUGAGAGAGAUGUGGUUGCAUGGACGGCCAUGAUUGCUGGGUACGCGUCCUGCGAUGAGCACGUCUAUGCGUGGAGUAUGUUCUGCAAUAUGGUAAAGAAUGCAUUGAACCCAAAUGCAUUUACAAUAUCAAGUGUGUUAAAGGCUUGUAAAGGCAUGGAGAAUCUUUCCUGUGGAGCUUUGGUGCAUGGGUUUGCUAUUAAGCAUGGCCAACAAGGUUCUAUUUAUGUGGAUAAUGCACUAAUGGAUAUGUAUGCUACUUGCUGCGUUAGCAUGAGGGACGCUUGGAUGGUCUUUCAUGCUAUUGAAGAGAAGAAUCCUGUGACAUGGACUACCAUGAUUGCUUGUUACACUCAUAGAGGUGAUGGCCAUUGUGGGCUCCAAAUCUUCCGUCAAAUGUUACUGGAGGAAAAAGAAUGUAAUCCAUAUAGCUUCUCGAUUGCUAUUAGAGCUUGCGCAUCGGUUGGCUCUCAGCAUUAUGGCAAACAAAUGCAUGCAGCAGCUAUUAAACAUGGUUGUGAAUGCAGUCUUCCUGUUAUGAAUUCUAUACUUGACAUGUAUUGUAGGUGUGGUUGUUUAUCCGAGGCAAAUCAGUAUUUCCAUGAGAUGACUCAAAAGGAUCUGAUUACAUGGAACACUUUAAUAUCAGGAUAUGAAAAAUCAGAUUCUAUUAAGUCCCUUUUUAUAUUUUCACAAAUGGAGUCAAAUGGUUUUACUCCAAAUUGCUUCACUUUAACUAGUGUAAUAGCGGCUUGUGCUAAUCUAGCAGUUUUGAGUUGUGGACAACAGGUUCAUGGAGGCAUUAUUCGUAGAGGACUUGACAGGAACUUAGCAUUGGCUAAUGCGUUGAUCGAUAUGUAUGCCAAGUGUGGUAGCAUAACAGAUUCACAUAAAACUUUCAGUGAAUUAUCACAAAAAAGUUUAGUUUCCUGGACUUCUAUGAUGAUUGGAUAUGGUUCUCAUGGAUAUGGAAGAGAAGCUGUUAAGUUGUUUGAUGAGAUGGUCGAGAUGGGUAUUGAACCUGAUCAGAUAGUGUUUAUGGCAGUUUUAAGUGCUUGUAGUCAUGCUGGACUAGUAGACCAAGGUUUGAGGUACUUCAAUUCAAUGGUGGACGAUUAUAAAAUCAAACCAGAUAAUGAGAUAUAUGGGUGUGCUGUGGAUUUGCUAGGCAGAGCUGGGAGAGUUGAGGAGGCAUAUCGCCUGAUACAGAGUAUGCCAUUCAUACCUGAUGAAUCUGUUUGGUGCACACUUCUCAGUGCUUGUAAAGCCCAUAGCCUUCCAAAUUUGGCCAAGUUAGCAGCUCAGAAAGUAUUGAAUUUGAGGCCAAAAUUAGUUGGGACUUACGUGGCGUUGUCAAAUUUACAUGCAGUUGAAGGCAAAUGGGCAGAAUGUGCAAGAAUGAGGAAGUUGUUGAAGGGUAUGGGAAGCAAAAAAGAGGCUGGAAGGAGUUGGAUUGAGGUAAGAAAUGAGGUUUAUAGUUUUGUUGUUGAAGACGAAGUGGGUUCUCAUACAAAGUUGGUAUAUGAAGUUUUGGAAUUUCUUAUUAGGCAUAUGAAUGAAGCAGGUUAUGCACAUGAUAUAGAUUUACUUGACCUAGAAGAUGGUAAUUGAACUGAAGUUUCAGAAAAGUGGACAAAAUGAAUAUGAGGUCUCCCAGAGAAUCAACUGCCUGUUGUUUGCAUUUAAUUGCUAAAUAGAAGAAAAGGAAAAUUUGAUAUUUGAAGAAUGGUAAAUUUUUUGCAGACAAUUGACAAGCUCAUCUUGUUAAUCUAGGAAGAAGAAGAAGAAGACAAGGCAACUUAAGCAACUGGCAUUGUUUGUGAAUAACACAUUCUUUUCUAGGAAUACACGAAUUUGGAUUGAUGAUACAUUUUGUUUUCAUGUGUCCACAAAUGAAAAAAGCAUCAAGAGCUUAAGUAAUACAGAUCUCUAUAAAAUGUCAAGUAAUACAGAUCUCUAUAAAAUCUCA